CAGACUGACUAAGUCAAUGAUUUGUGAAACAUAGUGCUUGGUGUUUUGACUUCUUUAAUUGUUUUUGCUGAUGGAAAAGAAAUAUGCAGACUGCUCCAUUUUUGUCCACAUAACAUGAAUUACUCCGUUUUGAUUAUGAUUCCUUCAUUGUAUUCAUUUUAAGUCUCAGUACUAGUCGAACAGUUUGAGGUAGUCCCGUGUGCUAGUGGAGAAAAAGGAGCACCUCGGUAGAUGAAGAUUAGCGACCCAGUAUACAACUGUUGCUCUAAUCCGCUCUGAGAGGAUAGGCUUAGCACAACUACAAGACAAGAGCGACACUGACAUAUUGUUUUAUUUUAUUUUUUCCAUACUUUUUUGUUUCUAUUUUUAUUUUCUAUUUUGAGAGUGUUUAAAGAAAGAAUCCAGAAGACCUCGGUGUAUGCGGUAAUUAACAUGUUUUCUAGCUAACUAUCCAGAGUGAAAACUACCUCGCUGCUGUUUAUCUCCUACACUGACCACUAACCUACAGUCUUUGAAAUCUUAAGUCUCAUAUCACAUUGAACUGACGAUGAAGGACCGACUGGAACAACUAAAAGCGAAGUCGGAUCAAACUCCUGAUGAUGUGGAAAUUCCGGUGGAUAAUAAAGAAUUUAUGGAUGAGUUCUUCGCUCAGAUUGAAGAAAUCCGCACCAGUAUUGACAAGAUUGAUGAAAAUGUAGGCGAGAUAAAGCGACUGUAUUCUGUCAUCCUCUCUGCACCUACAUCAGAACAGAAGACACAGGAUGAAUUGGAAGCAGUUACCAAUGAGAUAAAGAAACUGGCCAACAAUGCUCGUAACAAACUCAAAAGCAUUGAGCAGAGUUUGGCAUCUAACACUGAAGAGAGGGUUUCAGCAGAUAUCCGGAUAAAGAAAUCUCAGCAUGCUAUUCUUGCUAAGAGAUUUGUAGAAGUGAUGACCAAAUACAAUGAAGCCCAAUUGGAGUUUAGAGAGAAGAGCAAAGGGCGCAUCCAAAGACAGCUGGAGAUCACUGGCAAAGCCACAACUGAUGAAGAGCUGGAGGAAAUGCUGGAUGGCGGAAAUGCUGCAGUAUUCACAGCAGGAAUUAUGGACUCUGGGAUAUCAAAACAGGCACUAAGUGAGAUUGAGGCACGACACAAAGAUAUUAUGCGACUGGAGAGCAGCAUAAAAGAGUUGCACGACAUGUUUGUGGACAUUGCAGUACUGGUGGAAAAUCAGGGAGGCAUGAUUGACAGGAUUGAGAGCAACAUGGACCAGUCUGUGGGUUUUGUUGAAAGAGCCGUGGCUGACACUAAAAAGGCUGCAAAGUUCCAACAAGAAGCACGCAGGAAGCAAAUGAUGAUCAUGAUAUGUUGCACAAUUCUUGCGGUCAUCUGUGGUUCUCUGCUGUAUAGCUGGCUGACAUAGACUUCAAAGCAAAGAGGUUGUCUACUUUUUCAAGUCGUGUCUCUAUCAAGAAUCAAGAUAAGAAAGCAUCCGUACACACAAUAUAUUUUCCAGUGCUUGUUCAUCUAAUUUUCCCAUCUUGUUUUUUGUCUUUUACGUUCUUUCUAUCUUAUUAACUGGCCUUGUAUUGUUAGAGGCAUUGUCUGUUUAUUUUAGGGUUGUGGUUUGAAAUAUUGCUUUUAUUUAUUUAAUUGUUUUUGUGAACUUAUGAUAUAGCCCAUAUGUGAUGAUUAAAAAUACAUAAGAGGCUAAGUUUUGUUUCUUGAGGCCUCAUUUUUUGUAACUGACAAUUGAAACAAUUUACAUUAGCAGUGUUAAAUAGUUUGAAAAAAAAAAACAGAUUAAUUCUUUAACAUUUACGUUGUUUUAUCUUUUAUUUUAGGAUUAGUCAAAAUUCUUUUAAAAUUCAAUUAGGGUAAACGUGGUUCUGUCUUUACUGACUAUUUGCUUAUUUAGUUUAGAUGAGUAGCACUUAGUUCUUAUUUCUUAGGUUGAGGUGCUAUUUUUCUUUUAUGUAAGUGAUAAUAUUGGAACUGUAGGCUAUAUUUGUAGACACUAUAAAGUAAUUCUACAUUAGUCUGAAUUGAGUUGUCUAGACUGAGAAGUUGUGAUUAAAA